UCACUGGCUGGCAUUUGGUAGUGUCGAAACAAUCACUCAUCUGCUUUAUCCGAGGUUGAUAAUCUUCCUCGGGCUCUCCUUCCGACACGUAAGAAUAUUCUAACAGUAUAUUCCUCCCUCGAUAUUACCUAUAUUAUACUGUCAAAAGUUGCAGGUACUUAAGGCUUUGUCUUGGCAUCCUCGUCCUCUUCAGCAAGAACUCAUCUCUCUUCCCCUUAAAAAGCAACCAUGUCUGCUUUUGUAGGCAAAUACGCAGAUGAGCUGAUCAAGACAGCCAAAUACAUUGCAACACCGGGAAAGGGAAUUUUGGCAGCAGACGAGAGCACAGGAACCAUUGGGAAACGAUUCGCCAGCAUCAAUGUUGAGAACAUUGAGUCCAACCGCCAAGCUCUCCGUGAGCUCCUCUUCACUUCCCCUGGCACCGUUCCUUGCCUCUCUGGUGUUAUCCUCUUCGAGGAAACCCUCUACCAGAAAACCUCUGAUGGAAAACCCUUCGUCGAUCUUCUCAUGGAGAACGGUGUUAUCCCCGGAAUUAAAGUGGACAAGGGUGUGGUUGAUCUAGCAGGGACCAACGGCGAGACCACUACGCAGGGUCUAGACUCGCUUGGUGCGCGGUGCCAGGAGUAUUACAAGGCAGGAGCCCGGUUUGCUAAAUGGCGUGCAGUCCUCAAGAUUGGGGCAACCGAGCCAAGCGAGCUCUCAAUCCAAGAGAAUGCCAAAGGGCUAGCCCGCUAUGCCAUCAUCUGCCAGGAGAACGGCCUUGUCCCGAUCGUCGAGCCAGAGGUGCUGACCGACGGGAGCCACGACAUCAAGAAAUGUGCCGCGGUGACUGAGACGGUUCUUGCUGCCGUGUACAAGGCCUUGAACGACCACCAUGUCCUCCUUGAAGGCACCCUGCUUAAACCUAACAUGGUCACUCCCGGCUCCGACAGUCCUAAGGUUGCACCGGAAGUAAUUGCUGAAUACACAGUGACUGCUCUGCGCCGCACAGUCCCACCAGCUGUUCCAGGAAUCGUGUUCCUCUCAGGCGGACAGAGCGAAGAGGAAGCGACACUAAAUCUGAACGCGAUGAACAAGCUCGACGUGUUGAAGCCAUGGACGCUCACUUUCUCUUUUGGCCGAGCCCUCCAGCAAAGCACUCUCAAGGCUUGGGCCGGUAAGACCGAGAACGUAGGCAAAGCUCAGGCCACGUUCCUGACCAGGUGCAAGGCUAACUCGGACGCAACCCUCGGGAAAUACACUGGUGGGGCUUCCGGUGACUCUGCCGCGUCCGAGAGCUUGUAUGUGAAAGGAUACAAGUACUAGGAUCGUUUGAGAACGGACGACGUUCACCUUUAAUACGGUUUGAGUAUACGUCUAAUGUUUUUAAAUGUUUAAUCGAUUUGGUUUAGCAUCUCUGUAAUGCAGCAACAGUGUAAUGUUUUGUGAUGGUUUCUAUAAAUAUUUUCGCGCCAUGACUUUUAA